UGUGGGAAAGGUAAGUCAAUAUUACGAUUUCUCGCUGACAAAGGCAAAUGAAGCCAUGUUUUUGCUUACAAACAAGUAACAUUUAACGCCUUGAUCUGGAGCUCGGCGCUGUCGCCCUAGUCAGGAGGCCGUCUUGCGCUCGCGUUUUCUCUGAUCGACAUCUGGAUAUUAUAGGCUACCGGACUAGAAUAUGUUUUAUUUUUUUUAGCUGUGACUGAGGACAUCGUCCACCAAACUACUUGACAACGAACUGAACUCACGCAAAAACACGAGGAAGACGUAUAGGGAAAAUCCUAAGGGAAUAUUUAGGGAUUCAGAAAAUGAGUUUCGGGGUGAGCUCCUGAAUCAGCGGUGGACGCGAGGCGAGAGGAUCAGCCGCUGCCAGCCCGCACAGAGACUGCAGAGCGGACCAAUCAAAAUGAGUGUGGAGAGUGAUGACAAGCGCAGCACACGCUCCAAGGGAAUCAGAGUUCCUAUAGAGCUUGUUGGACAAGAGCUGAGCUGCCCCACCCCUGGAUGCAAUGGCUCUGGCCACAUCAGUGGGAGAUAUUCACGACACAGAAGUGUGCUGGGCUGCCCCUUGGCCAGGAAGCGACGUCUGGCAGACGCUGAGGCAGAGCAGGACCAGCCGUCCUCUAAAAGAAAGUCCCACCCUCUAAAGCUGGUCAUGGACGAGGGCUUCAGCAUGGACAGUGAUGGGAGCAGCGAAGAGGCAGAGGAGGAGGCCAAAGAGGAGGACGAGAAGGAGGAGAAGACAGAAGAGCUGACCCAGGAACAGCCACAGCACGAAGAAGAAACCGAGGAGGAGCAGGAGGAAAGGCAGGAGAAGGAGACAGAGGAGGGGGAGAACACAGAUCAGGAAGAGGAGGAGAACACAGAUGCAGCUGAUGCAGAUGAAGAGGAAUGUAUGAUCAUUGAGCCGGUAUCUAGUAAAACAGCUUGCAAAGCUGAAGAGGGGGAAUGGCCUAAGAGAGAGGACUACUCCAGCUACCAUCAGAUCCUAGCCAACUCUCUACUCCACCUGGGCAGGGUCCCCGACACCACAGAGACCACCUCAAACGAGCCCGUUACCAUGGAGACAGAGGAAGAUGUCACAGCUGUGAAGCCCUCCGUUGUGGUAGUGGAACACUCAGAGGCGCAGGAGGAAGAGGAGGAGGGACAGGAGGAGGAAGAGGAGGAGCAGCAACCUGCAGAGAAAGAGGAGGAGGAAGAGGAGGAAGAGGAUGAGGAAGAGGAAGAUGAGGAAGAGGAAGAGGAGGAGGAUGAGGAGGAGGAGGGAAGUGUUAAAGUAAGUGAAGAACCUUCUGUUGUAGAUAGGGUGGAGGAGGAAGAGGAGGGGGAGGAGGAAGGUGAGAUUGAGGAGGCUAGAGAGGCUAUGACACAGAGAACCUUUGACCACCCAUACUUCACUGGAGACAUCCACCAGCAGCAGGACAAGGCUGAGGAAGAUGAAGAGGAGGAAGAGUAUGAAGAGGAGAGAAGGGAAGCAAAGCACCAGCCACAUGAGAUACUAGAGGAAGAGGAGGAGGAGGAGGAGGAGGAGGAGGAGGAUGAAGAUGACAUUGAGGAGGUGGACGUGAGAGUGCACCCUGUCUUCCUUCCCACCACCAUCACUGCAGCAGCUCAGGGACCAGCCACACAGAGGGAGAGAGAAGAGCACAGGGCCAGGACUACAGAGGAUUACAUCUCCCACAGGACCAGCCACCUAGAGAACUACAACCCCCACCGGACCAGCCCACUGGAGAACUACAACCCCCACAGAGUCAGCCCCUUACAGCACUACACCUCCCAUAAGGCUUCAGCAGCCUCUGACAUCAUCGAGGUGCGUUCAGAGGAUUCGGGUAGGGACUACGAUGAAGAAGAUGGUGAUGAGGAGGAAGAAGAUGACAGUUUGUCUCAGAGGUGGACAGAUGAGUCAGAGAUGUAUGAUAUGACCCGGGGCAACCUGGGGCUUCUGGAGCAGGCCAUCGCCCUGAAGGCAGAACAGGUGAAGGGGCCUCGCGACCUCCUCCUCCUCCGUCACCCCGUCGUCACCCCGGAGCACCACCACCGCUACUUCACCAUGGACGACCGGCCCAAACACCUGGACACCAUGCGCAAGAGCUACUUCAGCAGUAAAGCUGUCUCUACAGAGGGCAGCAGGCCAGAGAAGAGGGAGAUCAAAUGCCCCACCCCUGGCUGUGACGGGACUGGUCAUGUUACUGGACUCUACCCCCACCACCGCAGCCUGUCUGGCUGUCCUCACAAGGACAGGAUCCCUCCUGAGAUCCUGGCCAUGCAUGAGAACGUGCUGAAGUGUCCGACCCCAGGCUGCACCGGACAGGGCCAUGUCAACAGCAACCGCAACACCCACCGCAGUUUGUCAGGAUGCCCCAUCGCAGCCACAGAGAAGCUGUCCAAGAGCCACAACCUUGACAAGCAGCAUCUCUCCCAGCCAAUCAGAGAGCACCUCAAAGAAAGUCCCAACAACAAUGACAGAGUUUUAAGGCCCAUGUGUUUUGUGAAGCAGCUGGAAGUACCUCACUAUGGGCAGUACAGGCCCAAUAUGGUGCCUGCCACACCUCGUGCCAACCUGGCCAAGGAGCUGGAGAAGUACUCCAAGGUCUCCUUUGAUUAUGCAAGCUUCGACUGUCAGGUGUUUGGGAAACGCAUGCUUGCUCCAAAGAUACCGACCAGCGAAGCCUCACCCAAAGCCUUCAAAUCUAAACUCUCGUCCCCCAAGUCUUCUUCUCCCAGCCUCAGCCUGCAUGGAGGUUAUGGAAAGACUGCCUCCUCUUCUGCCUACGACUACUCCCAUGAAGCCCAGGCAGCCCACAUGGCUGCCACCGCUAUCCUAAACCUGUCCACACGCUGCUGGGAGAGGCCUGAGAACCUGAGCACCAAGCACCAGGACCUGGCUAGCAAGAGCAUGGACAUCGAGGUGGACGAGAAUGGGACUCUUGACCUGAGCAUGAAGAAGCCCGUCAAACGAGAGGGCACCAGCCCUGGGGUAUGUUCCCCGGACCCCUCCUCCUCUUCCUCCCUGCACCACGGAGGCAGCAGUGGCAUGACCUCGCCCCACACGGGCCACGCCUACAAACAGGAACACUGGGAGGAGCCUCUGGACUACACCAAACCUAACCGCCAGCGGGAGGAGGAUACAGAGGAGAUGGAGCACCACACAGCGCAGUCGUUUGCCUCGUCCGACCCUGAGGACAUGGACCUGAUGCAGGACUACCCCGAGGAGAGGAAGUACCCUGGAGAGGUCACCACCCCAAACUUCAAGGUCCAGUUCCAGCAGCCAAAGGAUUGCAAGAAAGAUGUGCUCCUGUGCCCCACUCCUGGCUGUGACGGCAGUGGCCACAUCACCGGAAACUAUGCAUCCCAUCGCAGUCUGUCUGGGUGUCCUCUUGCUGAUAAGAGUCUUCGGUCCCUCAUGGCGACCCACUCUGCUGAACUCAAGUGCCCCACUCCAGGAUGUGAUGGUUCAGGACAUAACACUGGAAACUACGCCUCCCACAGAAGUUUGUCUGGGUGCCCCCGUGCCAAGAAAGGUGGAUUAAAAACAUCUCCCACCAAGGACGACAAGGAGGACUCCGAGCUCUUAAAAUGCCCUGUGCCUGGCUGUGACAGCCUAGGUCACAUCAGUGGGAAGUACGCCACGCAUCGCAGUGCCUAUGGGUGCCCGCUGGCUGCCCGCAGGCAGAAGGAAGGGAUGCUCAACGGUAACCCUUUUUCCUGGAAGGCCUUCAAGACGGAGGCCCCCACCUGCCCCACCCCAGACUGCGAUGGAUCAGGACACGCCAACGGCAGCUUUCUCACACACCGCAGUCUCUCUGGCUGUCCCAGAGCCUCCUUUGCCAAGAAGAAAGCCAAGUUCCCUGGAGAGGAGUACCUGAGCACCAAGUUCAGGGCCAGUGGCGUUCUGGAUAAUGACGAGGACAUGAAGCAACUCAACAAGGAGAUCAAUGAGCUCAACGAGACCAACAACGAGAUGGAGACAGACAUGGUGAACCUGCAGACACAGAUCUCAUCCAUGGAGAAGAACCUGAAGAACAUUGAGGAUGAGAACAAGCUGAUUGAGGAGCAGAAUGAGGCUCUCUUCGUGGAGCUAUCUGGCCUCAGCCACGCCCUGAUCCGCAGCCUGGCCAACAUACGUCUCCCACACAUGCAGGAGCCAAUCACUGAGCAGAAUUUCAACAGCUACUUGAGCACCCUGACUGACAUGUACACCAACAAGGAGUGCUUCCAGAACCCGGAGAACAAGGCUCUGCUGGAGAGCAUCAACAAGGCUGUGAAGAGCAUCAAGGUGUGAAAACCUUGAGAGAAAAAAAAAAAGUGAAAAACAUGUAAAAGGAGAGAUGGAGUCAAGAGACCACAGUAUAUUUACCGAGAAUACAAAUACAAAAAGGGCAUUCAGGUUUUAUAAACGACAACUUAAAUUAAACCCAGGGAGCAUUCUGUAAAGAAGAAAAACUUAACUAGGACCAAAAUCCAAACCUGCUGCUGCUGGGAUCGGAAGGAGGAAGUGAAAUGGAACCAAAUCCUUCAGUUUGAAUUGAUGAGAAAAAAAAUCUAUAUCUGGGGAUUUGUUUGUUUGUGAUAUGUUAUCUUUUGUCGUUUUCAUGUCUGUCCUGUUUUGGAGGUGUCUCAUUGACUGUCCCAAUGUAUACUGUAAUUCAAGCUUUAGUUCAGCAACAAUUUGGAGAAGAACGAAAUAAAUAAAGAUGGGAAGUAGUGGGUCAGACCUGCCUACAUGAGGUGAAGAAAACCGUUGAGGAAAUAUCAAAAACCGAGCCGAUGAAACGCCAACUAAAGGCUUCAUUCAGAAAGGUUGCUCUGGGGCAGGAUAAGGAGAGCGUGCUUGUGAGCGGUGCAGCAACCCCUAUUGAGGAGAAGCAAAUGGAGAAUCACUGAACUCUGAGGUCAUCUUGAGCAAUGGUUCAUGUACUUAUUGUUGUUACUAUUGCAGCAAGAUGUCAACACGGCUCUAAUGUCUCAAAUCAGCGGAACAAAUCUUCAAAUGAAGAUUAAGUCACAAAUCACGGGGGAGUUUUUCUCUUCUGAAAAUCAACAGUACAGCCUGUACUAUAUUUUUAAUGGAACAACUGGUGUAUGAGAGCAGCAAAUACAGCCUUCUUUCCUUGAACUGAAUGAUGAUAGUAAUGGUCAAUUCCAGUUAGUCCUAUCAAUAGUUUUUAUGAACAUAGAAAUUGCACUUAAUUUCAAUGAAUAGUUUGUGGUACAAUAAUUCUUGUUAUAUAAAUUAUAAAACAUUUGUGAAUGCACAAAAUUGUAAUUUAUUGCCAUUUUAUGUUAAACUACUUGUAUUUAUUUAAUGUUAUCUAUUUAUUCACUUUAUUUUUUUGUUUUGUGAAACACAAAAUGCAACCCUGCUGGUCUAUCAUGGCCAUAAAGAUUUAAAACAGGGAGUCUUCGACAUCAAUAUUUAAAAAUCUCUAUAGAUAACUGUUCACACUUAAUUAUUUUAUAUAUCUUAUUUUAUUUUAAAUAUUUUUUUUUUUAACAUUUUUAAGUGCAGAUAUUUUAUAACUGACAAAAGUUUUGAUAAUUUUAUAAAAGUGUUUUCAUUUCUGUUAUUUCUGGUAAAGUAUCUUCAGAAGAUCCACGGCUUAAAAAGAAAGUAUGUAUUUAUUAUUUAUUUAAUAUUGAGGAAAUUGACUGUCACAUGGUUGUAUAUUUAUUUAGUCAUUUCUGUGUGUGCUGUGAUGGCUGAGUCUUAGUAGUCUUAAAAUCCAUUGCUAAUAUUUAAAUAAAGAAAAAAACAUGGCCCGAAAGAAAA